UACCGUUGACAGGUAUUGUGUUAUGUAUGUGAUUUGAAGUGUAGCCCAUUAUCAAGUUUAAAUUGUCAUUUAACUUGAGGACUGCCUGCUUUGAUCAUCAAUGAUGAGGCCACGUGGAUGCAUGUGACCAGCUGAAAAAUUGCGGCAGCCUGUGUGUCGAAAGUGAUUAGAAAAAGGUUGACAGGAGGGGGGGCAGGUGAUAGAUGCAGCUCAUGGUACCGUAAUAAUUUUAUGGAAUCAUGUCGAGCGAACCACCGCCGGCAAACACCAUUUCAGUAAAAGAAGACCUAGGUUAUCGGAAUAUUGAAAUCACGUCAGCUUUCUCCCACCUGCCCCAAAAAGAAAUGGCGAGAGAUACCCCUGGCUCACCAAUGUCCCGACCGCGUGACCUUGUGACCAGUGGAGUUACCGCUACCCUAACUUCGGGUGCUUAUCGCGCUUCAACCAAUGAUGCGCAAACUUUACAUGGACAUGCUUUACAGCAGAAGAUACUUGAGCUACAGCAGCAUCAUCAACUUCAACAACAAAUUUUGCGACAACAGUAUCAAGCCCAAGAACGUCAGUUAGCAGAAAUGCAUGAACAACAGAUGCACCAGUUGAAGCUAUGGGAACAACAGAAACAACUGGAAGAACAAAUGAGAGAAAAAGAAAGAAUUGAGGCGCUCAGAAAGAAAGAUAAACACGAUCACAGUGCUAUUGCCUCCACGGAAGUUAAACAGCGGCUUCAGAGUUUUCUCGUGAAUAAAAAACAGAGAGAAGCUGCAGCCGCUGCUAAUGGUGGAAUGUCUGGAGCUCCAGGAUAUAAGAGUUGGUUGCAAUCUCAGUCAGAAGCAACUAGUACAUCAAAUACAACACAUCCCUAUCGCAUGCCACAAAUAUUGCAGGAGAAAUUUGGCGAUGAUUUUCCAUUAAGAAAAACAGCCUCGGAGCCAAACCUGCUCAAGGUACGACUAAAGCAGCGCGUCAUGGAGAGGAAUAUGGCAGCGGCGAGAAAUUCACCGCUUACGGCCCGACGAAAGGAUCGAUUACUGUCGCAUCUCAAACGGAAAUCACUUUUAGCAAAUUCCGUCAGUAAUCCUGAGUCUGGACCUAAUUCACCACCGACUGGUAAUAACCCUCAGUCGAGUCCAACGGCUGGAAGCAAUACACCGAUACAAGAGGAAAAUGAAAAUACUCAGUAUGGAGGUCCAUUAACAAGUAGCAGUCAACAAGGAAGUUUGUCCGAUCUCUCGUUAUUCAGCUCACCGUCGAUGCCAAAUAUAUCAUUGGGUAGACCGCAUGUACAAUCUAAUCCGUCUUCGAGUGGAACAAAAUUGGCGCCUGUUUCGGAAGCUGAAGUUCGUGCUGCAUUUACAGCACGCCUAGGAAUGCCACUAACCGGUCAAAUGUUACCAGGUACCCUACCAUUUUAUCCAUCAUUGACGGUGAUAGAGGGCGAACCAGCAUACAUUCACAAACAAAUGCAGAGCUUGGAGCAACAGGGCUCACGACAACAUUUGGUUUAUCAUAGUACUCCUAUAACCGAUACCCAAGUAGCUCACGCCAGACUGCAUAAGGCUGGUCACCGGCCUUUAGGUAGUAGAACACAAUCAGCCCCACUUCCAUUGGGUCAUCCAAUGCUUCAAGGUAGUAUAAUGGCACCACCAACCCAUUAUGAAGAAUAUUUGACUGAAAAACAACUACACGAGCAGCAACAGGCACACAAUUAUCUCAAGCAGCAAAUUCGUCAAACUGUACUUACUAGAGUUGGUUCUCGUACUGGUCAGGCAAACCAACUUGAUGAAGCGGCAGAAAGUGAAGAAUCCGAAGUGAUUGAUUUAACAGGAAAAAAAGAAAUACAAUCGGCGGAAGAGAGUGAAAUAUCGAAGCAGCAAAAGGAUCGAGAACAAUUCUUACAACAACAGAGGGACUUGAUGAUGCGUCAUACACUUCAAAUUAACGAGACAUCAACUUAUAUGGGUAAUCGUGGCAGUGGUGGUAGUAGUGGUAGUGGUAGUGUUAGUGCUAGUAGUGGGGGCAGACCAUUAUCUAGAGCUUUAUCCAGUCCUCUUGUGCAUUUAGGACCUCAGGUAGCCAGUGCGGAAGUCUUUAGCCAUGGAUCACCGCAUCGUCCAACAACUGGUCUUGCUUAUGAUGCACUGAUGCUUAAGCAUGCCUGUGUUUGUGGAGAGACUGUCAGGGGACAUCCGGAGCAUGGUGGUAGGCUGCAAAGUGUCUGGGCGAGACUUUCUGAAACUGGUUUACUUCAACGAUGUGAUCGCAUACGGUCUCGCAAAGCUACACUCGAAGAAAUUCAGUCUUGCCACAGUGAAGCUCAUGCACUUCUUUUUGGUACAAAUCCUCUGAAUCGACAAAAAUUGGACAUGUCAAAGCUUUCUCAGUUACCGAUUAAAAGUUUUGUGCGACUACCAUGUGGUGGAGUUGGUGUUGAUUCUGAUACAACGUGGAACGAGUUGCAUACAGCUCCUGCAGCACGAAUGGCCGUUGGUUGUGUGGUUGAUUUAGCUUUCAAGACUACCAUGGGUGAUAUAAAAAAUGGUUUUGCUGUUGUCAGGCCUCCAGGACAUCAUGCAGAAACAAAUCAAGCAAUGGGUUUUUGUUUUUUCAAUUCUGUUGCUAUUGCCGCCAAAUUAUUGCAGCAGAAAUUGAAUACCAGAAAAAUUCUCAUAGUUGAUUGGGAUGUCCAUCAUGGAAAUGGUACUCAACAAAUGUUUUAUGAUGAUCCACGUAUUCUCUAUCUGUCAAUUCAUCGACACGAUGAUGGAAACUUUUUCCCAGGAACUGGUGGAUCAACAGAAUGUGGUGUUGGCGAUGGCCUUGGAUAUAAUGUAAAUAUUUCAUGGUCUGGUGGGUUAAAUCCACCAAUGGGUGAUGCUGAAUAUCUUGCAGCUUUCCGCACAAUUGUGAUGCCAAUUGGAAAGGAAUUUAAUCCAGACAUUGUGAUUGUAUCGGCUGGUUUCGAUGCAGCAAUCGGCCAUCCUGCUCCACUUGGUGGUUAUCGAGUUAGUCCAGCUUGUUUUGGAAGAAUGACACAACAAUUACUUGAACUUGCUAAUGGAAGAGUGGUACUUGCAUUGGAGGGUGGUUAUGAUCUAGCUGCCAUUUGUGAUUCAGCGCAAGAGUGCGUACGUGCAUUAUUGGGUGAUGAAAUAACACCUAUUAAAGAAGAAGAAUUGACAAGAAUACCAUGUCAGAAUGCUGUUGACACAUUACAAAAAACUAUUGCAAUUCAAAUGUCACAUUGGCCAUGUGUCAAAUUGACUGCGCAUAUCGUUGCAACGAGUGCAUUACAAGCAAGUCAAAAAGAACACGAUGAAACUGAUACAGUAUCUGCCAUGGCUUCAUUGUCUAUGCAACAACCAACAAAUCUUACAAGUACUCCAGAACAUUCCCGUCAAGUUUCUGAAGAACCAAUGGAUGAAGAUGAAGCCAAAUGAAUUAAGAAUAACCCAAGGCCCAUCGAUAACUUUGAUGAUUCAAAUUACACUGGAUGAAAUUACCUAUGCACACUGUUCACAAUAAUGUGCCCUGAAUACAUUAGAUGAAAGAAAACAAAAUUUAUUAUUAUUAUUAUUAUUAUUAUUAUUAUUAUUAUUAUUAUUAUUAUUAUAUGUAUACAUACAUAUAUACGAUGCCCUCCAUUUUCGAAAUGUCGACGGAAUUGCCUGAAUUUUUACGGCUGGGCCGUAAAGUUGCUGUAAUUGAAAAAGGGAACGAAAAUCAUCUAUUUGGAAACAUGAUUACAAUUCCCGCAUAUAUAGACAUCAAUUGUUUUUCAACUUUCAAUAAUGUACCUUUGAUUACACCCCGUCUAAAAAUCAGACAUUUUCCCAAUUUAUAAAUUACAAAACUUGAUUCAUCUUGUUAUAAUGAUGAUGGAAAUUAGUGAAAUAUUUUGUCGAAUUAAGAAGAACAUUGGUAUAAGAAAUCACGAUGGACGGCUAGGAGAAAUCACUAUUAAUUUAUGUUUUCGAAAAUGUUUUAUUUGAAUAAUUAAUAUUUUUCCACCACAACGAAGCUUUCCACAAGGAAAUGCACUGUUAAUGAACCGAUCAACGAAAGUUUAGUAUCUUUAUUUUUUUUUUCACUAUCAACAUAUUAUUUCUAUCUUUUGUAAUUUCAUAAUUUUUGUCAAGUAUCACUGGAGAAUAGUAUUAAUUUUCAGCCUGUCGUAUUUCAUCCAGCUAGUUAUCUUGAGUUGUAUUCUACACUUUUAGGGCAUUGAUUGAACGUAUACUCGUUAGAGACUUGACAAUUGAUAACCAUAAAUUUAAUUUAACUAAAAGACACUAGUUGAUGGAUCUUUCGUUUAUUUUUAUUCUUGUAUGAAUAUACAUAUGUCAUUAAAUCAAUAUAGGAAUAUUGGCAUAAAAAAAUUAUUGUUGGCGAUGUGCUGGUUACUCGCUUUGUAUUUGUCAGAUUUAUUGUAUAUGUUCAUCGCUAAACCUGGGGUUUAGGUAGCAUGAAUUAAUUGCUGUUUUUUUUGCCCGGUAGUAAUUAUUAUCACUGUCCUCUUGAUGAUAUUGAGUAAUUAAUCGCAUAAUGUUGUGUAUAUCAAUGAUCGAAUCCUUGUCGGCCAAUGUAGUCACUGACAGCUAAUCUGAAUAAUGAGGAUAAAAAUGACGAAUAAAAAAAAAACAGUUUGUUUCAGCCAUUCUGAAUUCAAUUUUUUUUCUUGUCCGUCGUUAUUGCCAUCAUUGAAGAUUAUUGUGAAGCUGCAUAAAACGGCAAAGAUCCCGGCAUAAUUAUUUAUUAUAAUAUCUUAUCAAAGAAGAUAUUGCGAGUGUUUUACAAGUGCUGAUAUUGAUAUGCAGAUUUCGUGAUACAUUUUAAUGAGAAAAAAUUUCAUUUCCAUUUAUACACAUUGGGUAAAUCCCAUUUAUUUGGAUAAUUAAUGGAUUGAAAACUUUGAGAAUAAGGAUGACUUGUCGUUGCAGUGGAUUCAUAAUAAUUUCCGUAUGACAUCGUCUUAAGUUGAUCCUCCUUGUAAAGGCUGGUCGAAUUUUGUGAUACCUACUUUGUAUAAAAGAAAACAAAAAAAAAGUGAAAAAAAUUCUAAUUAAAUUGUUGAUAUAAUGUAACGUUAAUAAACCGUCAAGAGCGACGCCAACUAAUAUAAAUAAUAAACAUGGUAAUCGAAAAAUGA